UGGUGGCCACAAAUGGGGAGUAACAAGGAAGAGGUGGUGAAGGAGGUGAGGAAGCAAUUGGGGUUGGCAUGGCCCCUUGUGGUAUCAAACCUUCUCCUUAAUGCUCUUGGCAUGAUCUCAGUUAUGUUUGUGGGCCAUCUUGGGGAGUUGGCUCUCUCUGGUGCCUCCAUGGCCACCUCCUUUGCUGGGUUCACUGGUUUUGGUCUCAUUAUUGGACUGGGGAGUGCUCUGGACACUUUCUGCGGCCAAGCCUUCGGCGCGAAAGAGAACUACAUGCUGGGCAUACACAUGCAAAGGGCAAUGCUUGUACUAACACUCGUAAGCGUCCCCGUCUCAUUCCUCUGGGCUUUCUCGGGCCGCAUCCUCGUCGCGCUUCGACAAGAUCGCGAGAUCUCAGCAGAAGCCGGAAUCUACGCUCGCUGGAUGAUUCCGGCGCUUUUCGGAUACGCCGUCCUGCAAUGCCAAGUUAGAUUCAUGCAGACGCAGAACAUCGUCCUUCCUCUCAUGCUAACUUCGGGGAUUACUUCUCUGCUCCACAUCCUUGUGUGUUGGCUCCUGGUGUUCAAAUCCGGCCUCGGCAACAGAGGCGCGGCGUUGGCGAAUUCGAUCUCGUAUUGGUUUAAUGUAUUGCUUUUGGCUCUUUAUAUCAAGCUGUCCCCCGCAUUCAACACAACCUGGACUGGAUUUUCCAGGGAGGCUCUGAAAAAUGUUUUCAGCUUCAUUAGACUAGCCGUUCCGUCUGCCCUUAUGAUGUGCUUGGAAUUCUGGUCGUUCGAGUUGCUUAUACUUCUUUCUGGCCUUCUGCCGAAUCCAAAGCUCGAAACCUCGGUGUUAUCUAUCAUAUUGAACACUGCUUCUAUGGUCUUCAUGAUCAUCCUUGGUCUCAGUACAGCUAUUAGCGUACGCGUAUCGAACGAAUUGGGCGCCGAUCGUCCACACGCUGCACGCAUGGCGGUCCGCGUGGCGGCCGCGCUUGCGUUAGCGGAGGGCUUAAUCGUAGGAUUAGUCAUAAUAAUGGUGAGGAAUGUGUGGGGUAAAGUAUACAGCAAUGAGAAGGAAGUGGUGAGACAUGUUGCAGCUCUGAUGCCCUUGCUUGCACUGGGCCAUCUAGUAGAUGGAUUCCAGAGCGUGCUUUCUGGAGCUACAAGAGGAUGUGGUCUACAAAAGAUUGGUGCAUUCAUUAAUCUUGGAGCUUACUACAUUGUGGGGGUUCCUGUUUCUGCUAUUUUGGCUUUUGUUGCUCAUUUAAGAGGAAAGGGUCUUUGGAUUGGGAUAAUAUGUGCUCUUUCCCUUCAGGAUCUGCUCUAUGGAAUCAUCAUGUUAAGGACAAACUGGGACAAAGAAGCUAAGAAGGCAAGAGAAAGAGUUUACAAUUCUCUAACAACAGAUGGAGAGAAUUAAGAAAGAAAAUGAUGCUGGGCAAUUCACCAACCAAAAAUUUGGAGGAAGAAAUAAAAUAUUGUCUAGGGAAAUAAAAUAUUGGCUGGGAAAUAAAAUUAUUGUGCUUUGUUUAAUCAGUAAAAUUCUAGUAAUAUAGACACUAAUAUACAUAUUGUUUUAUAGAAAUUACUCCUAAAAUAUUUUAUUUCCCUUGGCAAUAACUUGCAUAUAUAAUGAUCUUUUGAUAAUGUGGUAUAAGAGGCUAGCCAAUAAUAUUUCUCUAAAUUAAAUUUAGUUUCAACCAAAUUAAAAUGGCAAAACACAGAGUUAUUGGCUAGCCUCUUAUACCACAUUAUCAAAAGAUCAUUAUAUAUGCAAGUUAUUGCCAAGGGAAAUAAAAUAUUUUAGGAGUAAUUUCUAGAAAACAAUAUAUAUAGUAGUGUCUAUAUUACUAGAAUUUUACUGAUUAAACAAAGCACAAUAAUUUUCUAAUCCUAGAAAUUAUUGGAGUUGAUUUCUUUGCCUCAUUUGGAAAGGUUUGCAGAUUCUUUAUCAUGUGUUGUUUGUCGUUGAACUUUGUCCGACUUGUCCGGUAAAGAUUGGUGAUCAGUGUUUGGAAUCUCUACAAUUCGUUCUGAUACCAGAUCUUUUUUCUUUUUUUGAAUCUGAGACAUGCUCUUAUACUGA